AUGGAGGAGUCACAGAAUUAUGGUCACCAACAUCCCUUGCUUCUUCUUUUGAAUGAAGAUCAGCCGAUUGUAGCUAACUGCUCUUGGUGUGGAGAGAAGGUGUCAACUCCAUGUUUUAGCUGUGCCCAGGAUUGUGGGUUUUAUCUUCACAAGGUAUGUGCCGAGGCACCUUUGGAGCUUAAUCAUCCUUUUCAUCCUCAUCAUCCUCUUCUUCUUAUGCAAAAGGCACCUUAUUCAUUGGGAAUGUACCUCUGUAAUUUUUGCUAUGAAGCGGUUAAUGAGUUUUUUUAUCACUGCUCUUGCCAUUUUAACUUUCAUAUUAAAUGUGCUUUGUUUACAUUUAAUAUUGCUGAGAAUAAUUUGAAAGAGCUUGAGCAUGUUGCCCUUCAACAUCCUUUGACUUCCACUGAAAAUGGUGAUUAUGUUGCUAUGUGCUUUGGGUGUUGGGAACCAUUAGCAAAUUAUACACAUUUUUCUCCUGAUUGUGGAUUUAAUUUACAUGAGAAAUGUGCUAAGCUUCCUCUCAAAUUGAAUUUUAUGUACCAUUCUCAACAUCCUCUUGUUUUACAAUUUAACAAUGCGAGACUUCGUUGCAAGAUAUGCAAAGCAACUAGCCGAAGAGGAUUUGCUUAUGGUUGUACAUAUUGUGAGCUUGUAUUUCACAUAGAAUGUUUAUCACCACCACUUGAUCUUGCUGUUGAAGACAAAAGCCAUCAACACACAUUCACUCGACUUUUGAGAAGAGUGCCGUACAUUUGUGAUGCGUGUGGUAUUGAAGGAAUUUACGUUGCCUAUACAUGUUCUACAUGCAGCAUUAUGGUCCAUAAAAGGUGCACUACAUUGCCACGUAUCAUCAAAAGCAAGUGGCAUGAUCAUCGCCUUUUUCACAAAUAUUUCCUUCCGGAUGAAUUUAGAAGUUCAGACUGCAUCAUUUGUCAUGAUGGAGUCUAUCCAGAGCAUGGUAGUUAUUUUUGUUCACAUUGCAAUAUUACAUUCCAUGUGCGGUGUGUGACACAGGAUAAAGGCUCAUAUUCAAUAGUUUCACUAGAAAAUGAAGACGAGAUGCCCAAUGAAAGUUCCAUCAUUGUUAUUGAGAGGAAAGAUGCUGGAGAAGCUACAAAAAUAAAGCAUUUCAAGCAUAUGCAUAAUCUAAUGUUAGGUCCUUUUGAUGGACGAUAUGAAAAUAGUUGCAUAGGGUGUAUGCUGCCAAUCACGGAUCCAUGUUACUACUGUUCAGAAUGUGUUUUUUUUCUUCAUAAAACGUGUGCCGAAUUACCUAAGAUGAUGAAUGUUUGGUAUCAUUAUUGCCAAGAGCCUCUCGCCCUUAUUUCUGACAAACCUUUUAGUUGUGAACAAUGUCUGGAAAUAUCUAAUGCCUUUGCUUAUGAAUGUUGUGGAUGUAAGAGAAAUAUAUGUCUCCUAUGUGUGAUUGCUCUUACUCCUGGUGCUCGAACAAGUUUGAAACAUAAGCACCCCCUCUUUUACUACAGAUGGGAUGAUUUGGAAGAUGAGCACUCCCCCAUUUACUACAAGCAUGAUUGGAAUCAGCGACCCCUCAUUUACUUCAAAUGCCUUGAUAGGAAAUGCAAUGCUUGUGGUACGGCUACGCGGGGGGCAUUUUCUUGUAAGGAUUGCAAUUUUGUGCUAGAUCUUCGAUGUUUCUCACUUCCAAUUAAAGCUCGUCACAAAUGCGAUGAGCAUCUUCUUUCACUCACUGAUCAUGAUGAUAAUUAUUCAAAAAGGCAUCAUUGUGAUAUCUGUGAAAAUAGUCGAGAUCCAAAUCGUUGGUUUUAUCAUUGUGCAACAUGCGAUACUUCUGCUCAUACUGGUUGUGUUCUUGGAAAAUAUCCAUUCCUCAAACUCGGGAGCAUCUAUGAAGAAAUAGAUCAUCCACACCCACUCACCAUUGUGAAGAAGAAGUAUUACUAUCCUGAUUGUGAUAAAUGUGGUAAGCCCUGUGAAGAUGUGGUGACGGGUGGUGUUGCAGGGUAUGGAGGUGCUGGUGGUGGAGAAGAAGCAUGCGGUGGCAGAUGGUGUCGACGCGUGGAAAUGAGUGGUCGCGCAAGUGGUUUAGGGUAUGGGUGUUCUUGGCGCAAGUGGGGCUUAGGGUUUCGUGUUUCAAGAUAG